CAUGCGCAAUCUGCGCGCGGGCAUCGACAGCAGCAGCAGCCGCCGCGGUCCGCUCAUCGCCGCCGCGGCCCCCCGCUCCCUCCGAAGGGUCCCGCCGGCCGCUCGUGGAUGAGCAGGCGGACGGAGAGAGAGAGAAGAGAGAGAGAGGAGGGAGAGCAACAUGUCCCGCCGCAAGCAAGCCAAGCCGCAGCACCUCCGGGCAGAGGACGAGGCGACGCGGAGCGGACUCCUCCGCGCCAGUGGUCUCAGAUACCAGACAGUUGUGAGCUAAAGCCUGUGAUGUGUUACACGACAGGCAUCAUAGAGGGCACCGCCGGCGGCGAGGACACGUACGUCUGUGACAAGUGCUGCGCCGAGUUCUUCACUCGGACUGAACUGAGCGGGCAUCGGAACCUCUGCACCGAGGAGCCUCUGGUGCUGAUAGUGAAGGGCGACGGCGGGAUGCCAGAUCCAGAGGAAUCUCCCGUCGGACCCUCUCCGGUUCCCAGCGCGGCGUUCAGCAACUCGUCCGGCUUUGAGACGCUGACGGUCGGCGUGGAGGACGAAGAGGACGGCGUGGAGCGCCACGCGGCCAUGGAGGUCGAGCGGGACGAAUGCGCGGCGACCUCCGGCCCUCGGCCUCCGGUCGCGGCCGAGUCCGGCGGCCUCGGCGCGCCGAGCACCAAUGUGACGCUGGAGAUCCUCCGCGGCACCCGCGUGGCCGUCGCCCAGUUCUCCCAGGGGAUCGGCGGCGCUGCCGGGGGGAAGGCGGCCACGGCGGCGAUCCCGCUGAUCCUGGAGCACCUGCUGGCUCUGCAGCAGCAGCAGGUCCACCAGCUGCAGCUCAUCGAGCAGAUCUGCAGCCGGGUCGCCGUCAUGAACCGACAGCCGACCCAGGUGGCGCUGAACCCGGCCUCCAGGCCUCUGUCUCUGGCCCCGAACCCUUUCCCUCCUCAAGCCCCGCCUCCCAUCCUGCCGCUGUCGGGGACGAUGCCCUCCGCCGCCAACGGGCAGGCCGCCGCCGCGGUGUCUCUGUCCUCCGUGCUCCGGAGCUCCUACGGCCUGCCCUCGCCCACCGCCUGCGGCCGGUCCACCUUUAGAGACGCGACGCGCACCUCGGCGCCGUCGGAAAACUCGGCCCCGCCUCUCUCCGGCCGCGGGAGCGGCGCGUUGCUGCCUCCUGACGCUGGCUCGCACAGCGGCAGCACGAGCUCCUCCAGCCCGCUGCGCCUCCUCGGCUCGUCCUCCAGCUUCCCGUUUCUACCUCACAGCCCCCCCAACGGCGUCAUUUCCCCAAACCCCUUAGCGAGCAUCGCCGCCACCGCCAACGCACUUGACCCCCUCGCUGCCCUGAUGAGGCACAGGAAGGGCAAGCUGCCCGGCGUCGCCUUGUUCCAAACCGAGCCCGGCCCGGAGGAGCCCUUCUUCAAGCAUAAAUGCCGGUUCUGUGCCAAAGUGUUUGGCAGCGACAGCGCCCUGCAGAUCCACCUGCGCUCCCACACCGGGGAGCGGCCCUUCAAGUGCAACAUCUGCGGGAAUCGCUUCUCCACCAAGGGGAACUUAAAGGUGCACUUCCAGAGGCAUAAAGAGAAGUAUCCCCACGUUCAGAUGAACCUGUACCCCGUGCCAGAGUAUCUGGACAACGUGCCAACGAGUUCUGGGAUUCCCUACGGAAUGUCCUUCCCCGCGGAAAAACCUGCCUCUUCAUGGCUGGAGAGCAAACCCGUUGUGGCCACUCUGCCGGCCACCGCGGGCCUUCCGCUUCCCUCCACGAUUACCAGCGGCGGCGGCUCAAAUGACCCUCUAAGCGUAACACCAUCCGUUAAAUCUCCCUGCCAGCCGGCUCUCGGUGAAUGUGCAUCUUUGUCGCCCAGCCACCGGGGCAGCGAGGCUCAUCUCUCUCCCGUUUCACCGUCUCCACAGUCCCACCGUCAGACAGAAGCGUCCAAUAUGCUGCAAACGGAGGGGGUGCACCUGCCCCAGAACUGCUCCCGGAGGCCGAGAGCCGACCCAGGAACGGAAGCGACCGGCACUACGAUCCCGCCCUCGGCCGCCACGCCUGAACCCGUCCCCUCGGCGUCCCCCGCCUCCCGCUCCCCGGCCCUCUCGUUCAGCUCCGACGAAGCUACAUUCCCAACCGGCGGCUUCCUGGACUUUAUGCAAACGUCCGAAACCUCGAAGCUCCAGCAGCUGGUGGAGAACAUCGACAGAAAGAUCGCCGAUCCCAACCAGUGCGUCCUGUGCCACCGCGUCCUCAGCUGCCAGAGCGCGCUGAAGAUGCACUCCCGCAUCCACACCGGCGAGAGGCCCUACAAGUGCAGGGCGUGCGGCCGGGCGUUCACCACCAAGGGCAACCUGAAGACGCACGUCAGCGUGCACCGGGAAGACGCCCCGGUGCAGGUGCAACACUCGUGUCCCAUUUGCCAGAAGAGGUUCACCAACGCCGUCGUCCUCCAGCAGCACAUCCGCAUGCACAUGGCGGGCCAGAUUCCGGACUCCACCCUGGUGGACGGGCUCCGGGAGGCGGGCGGCGAUGCCGCCCUCGACGAGAGGAGCUUCGACAGCCUCAGCAGCAACGGCAACGACCUGGUCGACGACGUCUCGAUGGAGGACGAGGACGAGGAGGUGGAGAGCAUGGAGGAGGUGGUAAACCCAUCCAAACCCUUGAUCUUCGAAUGUAAUUUCCCUCCUAAGUCCCCCAGCGUUGUUUCGAGUAUCGCCGCGCUGGAGAACCAGAUGAGGAUGAUUGACUCCACGCUGAGCCUGAGCCACGCCUUCGGCAUAAAACCCCUGAGAAACGGUUUCAAUGGCGGCGGCCAGCACUACAUUAAAUGCUCGCUCUCGGAGAAAAGGCCGGAGUACUGCAGCCCGAAUCUCUCAGAGUCCUCCCGUUCGCCUCGCGUUUCGGGGUCCGCAGUGCAAAGCAGCUCCGAGGGCGGGACCAUGAAAUCCCCUCCGGUGAGCAGCAACGGGCCGGAGCCCCGAGAGCCUUCGGCGGCAUCGGUGAAGAGAGAGCAGUCGGAGUCUCCGACCUCUGCAGCGGCCCGAGAGCCGAGAGGAAUACCGGCCGGCAAGCCGUGUGUGAAAGAGGAGACUCCUUCCAGCAUGUCGUUCCAGCUGAGCAGAGACAGAGGUCACAGCGUUCCCAGCCUGGUGUCCAGCACGUCGUCCGGCCUCAUCAAAGCCGAGGCCGACUGUCACGGUCGCCAGCACCACCCGUCCGAAGGGCGGCGCCCGCCGCCAUUCGGCGUGCACGUGCCCCCGGCCUACGCGUCAGCCGGCAGCCCGGGCAUGGCCUCCCUGCUCGGCCCCGCCCCUCCCCGGCGAACGCCGAAGCAGCACAACUGCAACGCCUGCGGGAAGAACUUCUCGUCGGCCAGCGCGCUGCAGAUCCACGAGCGCACGCACACCGGAGAGAAGCCGUUCGUGUGCUCCGUCUGCGGCAGAGCGUUCACCACGAAGGGCAAUCUGAAGGUCCAUAUGGGAACUCACAUGUGGAACAACGCGCCGGCCAGGCGAGGCCGGCGGCUGUCGGUGGAGAACCCCAUGGCCCUGCUGAGCGGGGAGGCGGCCAAGUUCGGAGAGAUGUUUCAGAAGGACCUGGCGGCUCGGGCGAUGGACGUAGACCCCGGAUUUUGGAACCGCUACGCCACGGCCAUCGCCAACAGCCUGGCCGCCAAGAACAACGAGAUCUCGGUGAUCCAGAACAGAGGCAUCUCUCAGCUGCACCCUCUGACUGCGGGCAUGAACAGAAUGAGCGCCGCGGGAGGUCCAAUGACCGGUCUCACCAAGACGGGCCUGGACCUGGGGAACAAUCGGCAUUUUUCUAUGCUCGUCGAUGACAGCAAAGAGAUCGGAAUCAAUUGAGAAGAUGAAUGGAGACUUGAUACUUAUGCAAUCUAUUAUGGACAUUAAAAUAUUUGUAAAUCAUCUCGUUUGUUCUUAUGUAUUAUAUAUAGACUUAAAAAAAUAAACUUUUUAUGAAUUGACAAGAGAAUUGUAGGGGAUUCACAUUUGACUCUUUUACUUUGCCGUCAUUUGUGAAUUCUUUUUUUUCUCGUUAAAUAACUUGUACCUGAAAAUUCCAACGGUGCUGAGACGUGUGGUUGCUCUGGAGAAGGGGACAUAUGUUCAAAUCAAUAAUGCAAAGAGUCUGUUAUCUCCUCCGGACCGCUGCCCAAUGCUGCUAGCGGGUGCAAAGCACAAAACAUGCUCGUACAUGCCCACAAUUACCAGUUGUGAAUGUUGGACCCGAAUAAAAACUAGAACAAAGCGUC